GAGAGAUGAAAAUCGAUCUGGUGUUACAAAAUGAGAAUUGGAUCAAACCUCUCUGCUGCGGCCAGGGCUGGUCUAGCGACGCCAAAGGUGGCGUGGGUGCACACGAUAAUGGGAUCUGCUGGGCGAACGGCGUGCAGGGCUUCCGCGAGUACGCGAUCUGCUGCCAUGGCAGGCUUCGCCAGCUUGCAGCAGCCAGAGCUCCUCCCUGGAUGGCCGCGGAGAUUCGCAGUGACAUCGCCCACUGGCGCGGGAAGAAGCUUCGCCGAGUGGAUCUCGAUCGCUUCGAGGCACCGGCGCGCGGCAAGUUUUGCCGCUUCCGCGUGGUGAAAGGCAAGCUGGUGACCUGCGAACCCCGGACCCUGGAGUUGUGUAAAGGCGGCCCCGGCAGUGAGCCCUAUGGGCAGUUCGAGGCCGCUGCUCGCGCCUCCAGGAUCUUGCUCGAGCUGGGCCUGCUGCCGCGAAAUGCCGACUUCUACGUGUCCGUCGACCUAUAUGAUCAGUCGGAGCAGCCGGUGCCGGUGAUCACGAAAGCGCGAGCUGUUUUCACGCCAGGCUUCCUGAGAAUGCCUUCCUACGAGCUUGUUGGACCCCUCUUGGACAAGCUCCGUCAUGAAGUCUCGCGAACCACUUGGUCCGAGAAGGAGCCACGGCUCUAUUGGCGUGGCGGGAUGCGGAGUUUUAACUCUUGUCAGUGUGGUGGCCACAUUCCGGGAAGGGCGGAGUGGCCAGCACGCUGGCGCAAGUUUAACGGCUCCACGCUGCUGGAAAUGGCGGCUACUGCUCCGCAGCCAGGAGGAGGACGCCUGCCACUGACGCCACGCUGCCACUGCCAAGCUCACUGGACCAACAGCAGCACCUUCAAGCGCAACAACCGCAUCCGUCUUUGCGAGCUUUCUCGGCAAUUUCCGCAGCUGAUCGACGCAAAGCUCGCAUACAUCCCAGAUUCGUACGAUUCGAUCCGGCAGCGCUUGCUGGACUUGGGCUAUGCCGCGGAAUUCUCACAGAAGACGGAGCAGACGAAGUACAAGUAUCUCAUAUCCACCGACGGCUCGACCAUCGAUGAUACCCGGAUCUACUGGAUGCUGUCGACGGGAUCCAUCAUCUUCAAGCAGAUCACACCGCUGCUGCCUUAUGGGAUCCCAGGCCUCGUGCCCUGGGAGCACUUCGUCCCUAUUCGGGAAGACAUGAGCGACUUGGUGGAGAAGAUCCGCUUCGCUCAGGCGAACGAUGAUUCCAUGAAGCAAAUCGCUCUGCGG